UCGCAGGAGGAAUGCGGUGCAGGGCUCUCGCUCCACUCAAAACCGACGGGCUGGCCUUGCCUCGCUGAGGCAAUUGCGUGUUUAUGAUUUUGUAGUAUGUGAUGUCAUGAGGGUGUUGGCUUUUAGGAAUUUCACUACUGAGGAAGCAGUUUGAAAUGAAGCAGGCAGAAUCCUCGAGACCUUCAAAUAUGCACUUGCUUUCUUUUUAGUUAGCUUUGAGCAAAGGUACAGAUGGAUAUGUACGUACAUAUUUUUUUAGUAAGUAAUUAGCAUAUGGAACAUAGAAGAGAUUUAAGUGGAUACCAUACCUGAAGGCAAUGUCGAGCCAGUCUGGAUUUUCAAACUCUCUUCCUCUACCAGGAUAUCCAUUCUACCAGGUGUCAUGCAGCCAUAAUCAGCAGACCACAUCAUUUAGACAUCCUGUGACAGGACAGGUUUCUCCAGAAAAUAUUGAAUUUAUUUUGCAAGAAGAACAGAAUUCAUCUAUGUCCAACCAACAAAUAAACCAAAGGCCUUCAAGCAUGGUCAGUGAAACGUCCACUGCGGUAACUACAUCUGCUGUUGAUACAAAACACGGCUCUAAGGUUGUGAAGACUGGAAACAAAGUUCACAGCUUUGGAAAGAGGGAGCAAGCAAUCAGGAGGAAUCCCAAUGUUCCUGUGAUAGUAAGAGGCUGGCUGCACAAACAGGAUAGCUCUGGAAUGCGAUUAUGGAAGAGACGAUGGUUUGUGCUUGCUGAUUAUUGUUUGUUUUACUACAAAGACAGCAGAGAAGAGUCUGUUCUGGGGAGCAUUCCAUUGCCUAGUUAUGUAAUAUCUCCAGUUGGACCAGAGGAUCGUAUAAAUCGUAAAUUUUCUUUUAAGGCUGUUCACACAGGUAUGCGGGCAUAUAUUUAUAACAAGAAUUCUGUCAUUGGCUCUCAGGCAGAGCACACAGGGAUGCGGACGUACUACUUCAGUGCUGACACCCAGGAGGACAUGAACGCCUGGAUCCGGGCUAUGAACCAGGCUGCUCUCAUGCAGACACGCUCCUCGCUCAAGAGGGAAACUGAAAAAGUGGAUCAGCAAGCUGUUCCCCAAGUCAAUCAUGUGGAUGCCUGCAAAGAGUGUGUGAAGGCAGAGAUUACAGACACAAAAGAAAGUUACCAGAAAUCAGCUGAAAUGCUUGGAUACGAUAAGCGUGAAGAGAUAAGAAGAGAAAAGGAGGAGGAGGAGCGUUACAUCCACAGGAAGGAAACUCUGGAAACCAAAAAGGGGCAGGCUAAGCAUGCAUUAACAGAAGCUGAUCCAUUAUUUUCGGAUUUAAGGAAUGCAUCGUGGUCCCAAGUAGCUCAGCCUCAGCCAGCUGAGAAGAACGGAACACUUCCUAGCUCAAUAAGUAUGAAUGCUGGCCUAGUGGAGCAGAAUGGUACUGGCUCAUAUAAAAGAGGCUUUGUUCCCAGAACAAAUCCAGAUAAGCAGUUUCAAAGGAAAAGUAACAUGGCUCAAGUGGAGCACUGGGUAAAAGUCCAGAAAGGAGAUACAAAAAGCCUGACAUCUGAUCAGACUCUUACACGUCAGGGUCCCAAUCCUCCUUUUCCUGAAAACUAUCACACUUUGCCAAAGAAUACCAGGCAGCCUUCAGGGAGCUCACCACCACCAAACCGCAAUUUGCCGAGUGACUACAAAUAUGCACAAGAUCGUGUAAGCCACUUGAAGAUGUCCCAGGAGGAAAGGAAAGCAAAUAAGGAUGGAACUGUUUGGCAGCUGUAUGAGUGGCAGCAGAGACAGCAGUUCAAACAUGGAAGCCCCACGGCCCCACUUUAUGCAGGUUCUUCAGACUUUAUUGAUCGUGCUAAGUCAAAAAGUUCAUUAGAUGUUCCCCGAUCAAUAUCUGUUCCGCCCUCUCCAUCUGAUAUUCCUCCACCUGGACCUCCAAAAAACUUUCUCCCACGAAGACCACAUACUCCUGCAGAAAGGCUCACAGUUAAACCAUCUGAUGAGAGACAGACUGUGGAUGUUCCUUUUGCUGGAUCCCCUAGGAAGGCACGGAAUCGUGCUGUAAAGAGCUCCACUCACCUGGAUCGCCGCUCCAUGCCUGCCAUGGGCUACAUGACACACACGGUGAGCGCACCCAGCUUGCACGGCAAGUCGGCGGAUGACACUUAUAUCCAGUUGAAAAAGGAUCUGGAGUAUUUGGAUCUAAAGAUAGAAAAUAAUGGACCUCUGAUCAACAUGAUAUACAAAGUGCUAAAGAACUCAGCACAAGGGUUACUAUCCAGUAUACAUGUGACAGGACGUGACACGUUGAAAGAAAGAAGUACAAAACCUGUCAAAAUUGCAGAAAGUGAUAUUGAUGUGAAAUUAAGCGUGUUCUGUGAGCAGGACAGAAUUCUGCAGGACUUGGAGGACAAAAUAAGAGCCCUUAAGGAAAAUAAAGAUCAGCUGGAGUCUGUUUUGGAGGUUUUACACAGGCAAAUGGAUCAGUACAAAGACCAACCACAACAUGCAGAAAAAAUAUCUUACCAGCAGAGACUUUUGCAAGAGGACCUUAUACACAUUCGGGCUGAAAUAUCCAAAGUUUCAACAGAAAUGGAAAAUGCCUGGAAUGAGUACCUGAAAUUAGAAAAGGAUGUGAGCCAACUGAAAAAAGCCUUACAGGAGCAGAUGAACAGUUCAUUGGUAUCUCAGGAGAAAACACAAAUACAAAAAGACUUGUGGAGAAUUGAAGAUGUUACAGCUGGCUUGAGUGCAAAUAAAGCAAACUACAAAACCAUAGUAGACUCUAUAAAGAAUCCAGAGAGAAAAACAGUGCCUUCAUUUUCUCAGUCUUCAGUGCCUUCCUUACCAGCUUCCCUUGCUACUGUGGAGAGCAAACUUUCAGUCCCACAGAGCCCUCCGCGCAGCCCAGUUAAAUCCCCUCUGGAGGUUAGGCUGUACCCACAGCCUUAUUUCCAGACCAGGACACAGCAGCAAGCACAGCAGCUGAAAAAAAUCGAGCCACCUCUUCAGUCACCAGUCAAGCUCAAGCCAAAGGUUGAAGAUGAAGCACCGCCCAGACCUCCUCUCCCUCAGCUGUACAGUCCUGAGGAUCAGCCACCAGCUGUCCCACCCCUCCCAAGAGAAGCCACUGUCAUCAGACACACCUCAGUGCGUGGCCUGAAACGUCAGUCAGACGAGAGAAAGAGAGACAGAGAGCUCGGCCAGUAUGUAAAUGGAGAUCACAGGGUGGAACUGCGUUCAUACAUGAGUGAACCAGAACUAGCAAUGUUAGGGGGUGACCUCAGCCACCCUUCCAGCGUUUUAAUAAGCCCUGACAGUGGAUACCAGACAUUACCUACCCGUGGUUUGUCUGGAUCAACUUCCAGAUUGCACCAGUCAUCUACCAUUUCAUCGUUUGCAACACUUCGAAGGGAUAGGUCCAAGGAGAGACCAAAGAGUGCCUUGGAACGUUUAUACUCUGGAGACCACCAAAGAGGCAAGAUGAGUGCAGAGGAGCAGCUAGAAAGAAUGAAGAGACAUCAGAAGGCAUUAGUGCGGGAACGCAAGAGAACUCUUAGCCAAGGAGAAAGGCAGCCUGUUUCAUCUCGGUCUUUCAUCAGGCCCGUGUCUGCAGACGUAGGCUCAUGGAAACGAGAGCAAGAAUUUGAUUUGCAGUUACUUGAGAGGGCAAUUCGUGGAGAAGACAAGGAUGAAAAUGAAUGGUUAAAAGUUCAGCCAGUAGCAGUGACAGAGACAGACUUGGAGCCUCAAGACUAUGAUUUAGAUAUCAGCAGAGAGUUGUCAAAACCUGAGAAGGUUGUAAUUCCAGAACGUUAUGUUGAACUGGAGCCAGAAGAGCCUCUUUCUACAGAAGAACUGGCGGCAAGGCAGCGUAAAGCAGAAAAGAUAAAGAAUAUUCUUACUAAAUCAAGUAUGCACAAUCUGCAGCCUACUGUUGCCCAGGACAAACACAACUCGAUUGAUUUAGAUUCACAGCUGCAGGAGCAGGAGCGCAUCAUUACCAUUUCAUAUGCUCUGGCUUCUGAAGCCUCUCAGAGGAGCAAGGAGGUAGCAGCUCAGCAGUUGACCUAUCCACCCAAAGCACCCUCACCUUCUGUACCACAGCCACCUCACUCCCCCUUAAGCAAUGGAUUUCACUACACAUUUGUUUAAACACCUUCCAACCAAAGCAGUAAGUGAACACUGAUGUGAGACUCAAGGCAAAUCCCACUUUGCGACACCACAUGGAAGACCGAGGAGAUUCUUUUCUAGGUUUCUAUGGAGAUACUUGUUGGCUGAUGACACCUUCUGGAAAGACAUUCAGAGAAUGAUAGGGGGAUUUUCUAUAAAAAUGAAGAGAACUGCAGAUCAUUUUUUAUUUACUUCAGUUUAGUUCACACUUUUUAUAUGAAUAAACGGCACUUUUAAUAAACUGUAAAAUACUGACAAUGUAUUUUUAGAACAAUGUCUUUUAGAUUUUUUUUUUUUAAAUCAAGGGCUGAAUUAAUUUUAAAAGACACUUCUUGCAUGGAUACUAAAAGAUGCUGUUACUUCCCCCUCAGGCUCAGAUGUACACUGUAAAGUUUUGUGAAAAAAAAACCUUCAAAUUUGAACAAACCUAGAAGGAACAUUCAUAGGGUAUGGGUAGAGCUAACAUGGGUGACAGGUUUGGUGAAAGGGUGUUUCAGAUUGAAUAUAUUUGUAGAGUUAAUCACCACCCUUUUGCCCAUUAAGUAAUCCAUUGCAAGAACUGUUAGCUUGAAUUUCUAAAUAUUAAUAACCACUGUAUAGCUGAAAUUUCCCAAGAAAGCCAUAACAAAAGCCAGUUCUAUCUCCUUUUUUCUUUUUUUUUUUUUUUUAUCCCAGAUGAUUCAUUUGCUGGUACCAAUCCACAAUUUGUGUGGUUGCCCUUGACAGUAGUGCUGCCCCCUCUAUAAGAAACAGCUAAGAAAUUUUAUUUUUUUGAAAGUUGAGAUGUGAAAGAAGAUGUUUUUUAAUUAAAAUAUGUGAAGCAAGCAAUAAAAAAAUUAUUAUGUGUAAUUUGGCUAGUAAAUACAUAUUUUUCUUCUAUUUUUUUCUUCUAUAGAUGUUACAAUGUGAUGUAAUACUGACUAGUAUUUAUCCUGGAAACAGCAAAACUAAUGGAAUAUGGCACCUGCUAAUUUCAUAUAUAUGUUCACUUGGUGCUUAUCUUUGCCAAACUUUGAAGUUCUUUUCUGUACUUACACAUAGGGCAAAGGGUGAGGUGGUUAAAAUAAGGAGAAAGUAAGAUUAAAUUAAUUUCUGCAACUAUACUUCAAAAAUCCCUAUGUAUGCAUUGAAUGCAAGACAUACAAAAACUUCCCAAUGUUACAUGAUUAGUAGCUGAGUUCAGCUCUGGAUGAAAAAACUGAGAAAUACUUAUGCAGUAUUUUGUGAAACCACUAACUUGUUUAUUCUCUGUAUUCAAGUAGUCACAAAAAGCCCCUUGGAAUUGACCUUUGUGUUGCAGACUUUGAGACAAAUCAUAUCAUAUUAACACUAUACUCAAAUAUUCUUAAAAGUAUAUAUUUAACUAAUGCAAUCUAUUUUACCUCAAUACUGCCAGUAUCAACUUCAAAACCUUUUGCCAAAAUAAUGAUUUAUUUUUGCCUUUAUAAAAAAGUUUUGAAAACAUAAAUGAAUAUUUUUCAAGAAAACAUUAAUUUAAAUAAAAUGUAACAGUUUGGAAAAUGGUAUAUGUACAGAUUAAAAUAUUAACAUAA